AUGGAGGGACUGGGAAGGAAACAGAAAAAUGAACACAGAGGAUUUCUUGCCCAGCCUAAUAUCAUUGUGGGAGAUCUGUUGAGGAGAAUUGUUUCCGGCAACGAUUUAUCUCGAAAAGUCGUCGUUGACGAGCAGGUGCAAGAUUCCGACGACGUUGAGCUGAGCCUGGGGUUAUCGUUGAAUGGUCGGUUUGGGGUGGACCCGAAGGCCAAGGCGGGGCUGCAACUCAAACGAUCGUCUUCAGUCUCAGACUUCUCGCCUGCGGCGAGGACUCCGGUGAGAGAGGAGGAGGCAACGACGUUUCAUGUACCCCGACCAUGUAUGGUGCCUCUGAUGAGGACUUGCUCGCUUCCGAUGGAGACAGAGGAUGAGCGAAGGAAGAGGAAGGAGCUGCAAAGCUUGAGGAGAAUGGAGGGGAAGCGGAAGUGA